UAAAGUUAGAAGUAUGCGCUUCACGCGCUUCUCGUCGUAGAGAAGGGAAAAGACUGAUCCUAUUGGCUGAGUCGCAUGUCCGUCUAACAAAAGUACAAAAGUAUCUAAAAGUUGAUAUUGACACUGAGCGGACUUUGCUGGGUUGGUUAUUAGCAGAGCGCGUUCACUGCUCGUCCAGGCGCCGAGCUGCGCGGAGUCUCCAGCUCAGGCCGGCAGCGCUGACAUGCUGCCCAAAGUCGAGACUGAAUCUCUGGGACUCUCUCGAUCGUAUGGAGAACACGGGCGUAUGCCCAGGAAUAUGCAAGCGCCCCAAUUAAAAAUGAUGGACUACACGUAUGACGAAGAUUUGGACGAGAUGUGUCCCGUGUGCGGAGACAAGGUUUCGGGCUACCACUACGGACUUCUAACCUGCGAGAGCUGCAAGGGUUUCUUCAAGCGCACCGUCCAGAACAACAAGCGCUACACAUGCAUCGAAAACCAGAGCUGCCAGAUCGACAAGACCCAACGCAAACGCUGCCCCUACUGCCGCUUCCAGAAGUGCCUCACCGUCGGCAUGAAGCUAGAAGCUGUGCGGGCAGAUCGCAUGCGUGGAGGCCGGAACAAGUUUGGCCCCAUGUACAAGCGCGACCGGGCCCUCAAGCAGCAGAAGAAGGCCCUGAUCCGCGCCAACGGCCUGAAGAUCGAAGCCAUGAGCCAGGUGAUGCAGGCCGUGCCCACUGACCUCACCAUCUCCUCCGCCAUCCAGAACAUCCACUCUGCUGCCUCUAAGGGCCUGCCCCUCACCCACCACGGAGGCCACCACACGGGCCACCACCACCAUCAUCACCACCACCAUCACCACGCCACCGCCCUGCCCCCCACAGACUACGACCGCUCCCCCUUCGUCACCUCGCCUGUCAGUAUGGCCAUGCCCCCCCACGCUGGUAGCCUCCAAGGUUACCAAACGGCAUAUGGACACUUCCAAAGCACGCGCAUCAAAUCUGAAUACCCCGACCCGUACACCAGCUCACCGGAGUCCAUCAUGGGGUAUGCCUACGUAGACGCAUACCAGUCCGGCUCGCCCCCCAGCUUCCCCCACCUCAUCGUGGAGUUGCUCAAGUGUGAACCGGAUGAGCCCCAGGUGCAGGCGAAGAUCCUGGCCUACCUGCAGCAGGAGCAGGCCAGCCGCGGCAAGCACGAGAAGCUCAACACCUUUGGUCUCAUGUGCAAGAUGGCUGACCAGACGCUCUUCUCUAUCGUCGAGUGGGCGAGGAGCAGCAUCUUCUUCAGAGAACUCAAGGUUGACGACCAGAUGAAGCUACUGCAGAACUGCUGGAGUGAGCUGCUCAUCCUGGACCACGUGUUCCGGCAGGUCGUACACGCCAAGGAGGGCUCCAUCCUGCUGGUCACAGGGCAACAGGUGGACUAUGCAGUGAUCGCGUCCCAAGCAGGAGCCACCCUCAACAACCUGCUGAGCCACGCCCAGGAGCUGGUCAGUAAACUGCGCUCGCUACAGCUCGACCAGCGGGAGUUCGUCUGCCUCAAGUUCCUCGUCCUCUUCAGUCUGGAUGUGAAGAAUCUGGAGAACUUCCACCUGGUGGAGAGCGUACAAGAGCAAGUGAACGCUGCGCUGUUGGACUACGUCAUGUGUAACUAUCCUCAACAAACGGACAAGUUCGGCCAGCUGCUGCUGCGGCUGCCUGAGAUCCGCGCCAUCAGUCUGCAGGCUGAAGAAUACCUAUACUACAAACACCUGAACGGAGACGUGCCCUGCAACAACCUACUCAUUGAGAUGCUGCACGCCAAGAGAGCUUAAGGACACUACAACACCCACAAUGCACCUCUGUGCACUGCUUCAGCUGCUAGCCAAAAACG